AUGGACACUGCUGCCCUACAGCUGACAAUGACCUUCCACGGUGAGAGGGAAGAGGCUGUGGCCACAGGUCCUGCUGCCUGUGUGGCCGCUGGUGGGCUACGGUGCAAAGCCAUCCUGGUGCUGGCCAUCUGCCUGUCUGCUACGGCUCUCCUGUAUGGCCUGGGCUCUCUGGGUGCUCUGCCCGGGGCCCCCCCAGGCUCCCCACCUCCCUCCCGCGCUGGCCCAGGUUUGCCCAUCUCCCAGAGAGGGACAGGUGACAAUCUGGUGGCAACACGUGGGGAUGACGAGCUGGCGAUGCAGCAGCGUGGGAGGAUGCUGAUGGGCUCUGCGAGCACCCUGGGGGCUGGAGAUGUGUCCUAUGGAACAGAGGUGAUGGGACAGAGCUUGGGGACACCGACUGCGGCCGCUGCCUCUCCCUUGGCAGCUCAGAGCUCACCACUGUGGCGGCACAGGGAAAAACUCAGGCUGGGCACAGCUGUGACGAUCUCCCCGGCACAGCGGCUUGGCACCGGAGUGCCUGCCACCUCUGCUCAGCUCCUCCAGACCAUGGGUGACCAGACCCUCGGGGCAUCCCCUGACCACCGGACCACACUCUGCAGAGCGGAUCUUAGCCUGGCUGCAAGCUCUAAUCCUCCUGCUGUGGUCACAGCCAGCGACUUGUCCUCUCUCAGCGCGCCUGCGUCUGAUCCAUCUACAGCCAGUGGCUUCUCUGGUGUCCAGGAUGGAGCUUCAAGUGCUGGAGUCACAACGAGGAGCUGCAAUGGGCAGAAGGAAGAGCCUGUACACGUGCUGCCCUUGCGGUUCCGGCUGUUGGGCAUCGCUUACACCGAGGCUCUGAGCAACAAGUCUUCGGGGAGCUACAGGGAGCUGGAGGAAGAAGUGAUGCUGAUGCUAAACCAAAUGCUGUCUACCUAUGAGACCUUCCUGCGGGCAAAUGUCCUCGAGUUCAUGAACGGCUCGGUGGUUGUGCAAGGGGAGGUUCUGUUCCGGGGGGAUGCUCCUGCUCCCACCCACUCCCACCUCAUCCGGACGGUUGUCAUGGAGGCGAGAAGGGGAAGGAGCAUCUUCAGUUGGCAACUGGAGCCACAAUCUGUCCAGUCUGGUGGCUUCAGCCUGGAGAACCUGGACCCAGAGAAGCUGUCCAUCUCUCUUGCUGUCCUCCAGUUGGGGAGGGACAGGACAGACCUGCUGCAGAGGCUGAUCAGCAAGGUGACUUGGUCUCUCAGUGCCAUCUACCAUGUGAGGAACUUCACUAUCACCCAGCUCAGAAACCUCACUGGGAAUCUGGAGAUCGCUGGAGACAUCUACCUCGACACAAUCAUCCAUGCUGACGUUGCAGAGGUUCUACAAGCCUUGACAGCUCUCGCAACCUGCUCCGUGGACCUGACCUCCCUCUUGGUGGAGGGAGCCAAGCUUCACCUGCAGGUUUACCCGCUCUCCUUCCUCAUCACCAACAGACGCUUCAGUGAGGACCUUCUGGAUCCGCUUGCUGCGGAGAACCAGGAGCUCAGCAGAGACCUUGGUGAUGCGGACACCCUGGAGCCCCCACCGCCCGAACCAGGCUUUCCCGAGUAUGGCGUGGCCAUCAUGGUCAUCUGUGGCCUCUGCAUCAUCACUGCUCCCAUCGUCUUGCUGGUGUGUCUGAGGACCAAGAGGCUCGGCUGGCGGGACAUGGUGGUCCUCUGGGACAGAAGAGACCCUGAAGCAGGGACCCAGACCCUGGAAAUGGAUAACCAAGGGUUCUGGGCGUCCUCUGAACAG